UACAUGUACCUUUAAUAAUGAAAAUUCAUUUCUUUAAUUUAUGAAGUAAUUUUGAUGUUAUUAUAUAUAUUUUCAGCUCAAUGAAGACAUGGAUAUCCCAGUUUUUAUCCAUACUGAAGAUAAAUCAACUUCCUGCAACAUAGAGAUCGAAUUGCCCAAUCAUUGUUCAGCAUGUGUGCUAAGGAAUGAUCCAACGAUCUCAAUAUCAGAUCAUGCUUAUUUCAAAACUCCAACCGAACCAGACUCACCUCUCACAUCUACACCUAUGAAAAAGCCUGUCACAGAUUCCUUUCAUGAUUCACUAGAGACUGUAUCCCCAGUACACAAAGCAGAUGAUUCAUUUCAGUUUUCUGAAAUUUCAUUUGAAUCUCCAGUUUCAUCACCAAGUGCAAGUUGUUCUAUUUCCCAGAAUACAGACAAAAUUGUACCAAAAGAAGCUGUCAAUGAAUCAAAGUUUACGGUAUUCUCAAGUUGUCUGGAUAUUCUUUUCAAAAUGAUUAUAUGCCAAAUUUGUCACUCGCCAUUCGAUUUUGAUGAUGUUAGGAAACAUAAUGACGGAAGUGCCUUGAAAGUCAGUUUCACAUGUUUAAAUAAUCAUUCAUAUUCAUGGAAAUCUCAACCCUUUAUUGGAAAGCAACCUGUAGGAAAUAUUCUUUUGACAGCAGCAACAUAUGCCUCUGGAAAUACAUUUUCAUCUAUAUCCAGCUUUGCAAGUGCAUUAGGAUUAAAUUUCAUGAGUAAAUCGAUAUUCUAUGAUAUUGGAAACAAAUUUGUUCUGCCUGCAAUAGAUACUUUUUACAAUGAACAAAAGGAUGUUUUGCAUGCACGACUUAAAAACAAACAACUAACAGUUAUUGGAGAUGGACGAUGUGAUAGCCCUGGAUUUUGUGCCAAAUACUGCACCUAUACUAUAAUGGAAGCUGUAAGCUCUGCAAUACUAGAUUUUAAGGUCAUUCAGGUAACAGAAACUGGUUCCUCGUCACGAAUGGAGCUGGAGGGAUUUAAACGCUCUUUCACAUCUCUUACUGACAAUUAUAUCAAAAUUAAUACUUUCUGCAGUGACCGACAUGUACAGAUAAGAAAAUAUCUAAAAGACCAUUUGCCUCAUAUUUCUCAUCAAUUCGAUGUUUGGCAUUUGGCAAAUAGCAUUCGUAAAAAAUUAGUGGCUGUUGCAAAGAAAAGGGAGAAUGAAGAGUUAAUACCUUGGGUUAGAAGUAUUAUUAACCAUGUCUGGUAUUGUGCUGCAGAAUGCAGAGGAGAUCCAGAGUUAUUAAUUGAAAUGUGGACAUCAAUCCUACAUCACAUUCAAAAUGUUCACUCCUUUCAUGGGGACAGAUACUUUGAAUGUGGUCAUCCUCAGCUUUCUUCAGAACAGUCCCGUAAGAAGAAAUGGCUUCAAAAGAAAAGCAAGGCCUACAAGGCACUCGAAAAAAUUAUCAUGGACAAAAGAAUACAGAAGGACAUCAGACAACUCAACAAUUUUUGUCACACGGGUGAAAUUGAAGUGUAUCAUUCUAUGAUGCUGAAAUAUGUCCCAAAGCGACAGGAAUUCCAGUACCCCCAAAUGGUAGCAAGAACCCAGUUGGCUGCACUUGAUCAUAACUUUAAUUUAAAUAGAGAUAUAAAAAAUGAUAAGCAUGGCCAGGAAGUAUUUGCCCCUCAGUGUUCUAAAGCCACAGGAAGAUGGUCUGUGAAGAAUAGAUACGAAGAAAAAAAUUACUCCUUUCGAAAAGAACUGCUUGAGAUUACACUGGAGAAUAAAAUGUUAGUAAGAAGGAAACGGGGCGAAUGUAAAUAUUGAAAAUUAAAGAAAACUAUCGAAUUACCAGCUGAGAUUGCACGAUACAGGGUCAGUGAUAUUAAAAUAAAGUACUUAUUCAAUAGGCAUGUUCCGAGUUCAUCCGGAACUCCCGAGAAUUUUCGCAUUUAGUCACGACGGUCA